AUGUUGUUUUGUAUAGAUGAAAUGUUUGCAAGAAUGGAUUCUGAUGGGGACAAUAUGAUAACAUUACAAGAUUAUAUGAAUAGAGAUCGUUAUUAUGUUGAGUCUGUCAAGGCAGAGUUUAACGACAUUGACACAAAUGGUGAUGGAAUGGUUUCUAAGCAUGAAUUUGAUGCUUUUGUUCGUCGAUUAGAUGAACAGAGGGAGGCGGCAAUGAGAAAUGCAUCCAACUUUACCCUACAGAGAAACGAUGCAAAUAAAGACGGGGAAUUGAGUGAAGAAGAGCUUGGGGCAUACAUUAAAGGAACACUACAAAGAAAUAUAGCUAGAUUACCUCAAGUUUUUAAUCAAUUUGAUAGAGAUGAAAAUGGGAAACUUAAUUUGGAAGAAUUUCACAAUCUCGACUUCAACUUUCCUUGGGAAAAGUUUCCUCUAUCUACUGAACAAUCACCCAAUAAUAAUCAUCAACAGCUUCCCCCAACAUUCUUCAGUGCUAACGGCCCCGUUCCACCUCCCUUUGUUAAUGAACAAGCAGCAGCUGCAAUCCCUUCUGAUUUCAGUUCUUCACCUUCUAUGGGAGGCCUGAUGCAUUCAUUGCCUGUUCCACAACCAAUUAGAAUUAAUUAA